AUGUCCCGCCUCGCACUCGCCUCCUUGGCCUUCGCCGCCUUCGCCCACGCUCACUUGGUCGCCUGGACCCAGGGCAUGUACUGCAAGAACGGUACUGACGCCGGCGUCGACAACGUCAACAACGACGCCCCCGUCUCCCCUCUCUACCAGCUCAAGUACUCGGACUACUGGUUCCACGGAGUCAACGGCUGCAACAACUUCCCUCCUGCUGAUGGCGAGUUCCUCGAGCUGCCCGCUGGCGGAUCCUUCACUGCCGAGAUCGCUGACAACCGCGCCGCUACUACCCUUUCGUUUAACGGCGCCAAGACUAGCGACUGGCCCGAUGGUGCUUGGCACCCUGACGGCUACUCCAUCGAGAACACUGCCGAUGCUGACGCGUCCAUAGUGCACACCCAGAACGAGUCCAUGGCCGCCGGCACGGCUUUCGCCAUCUCUUACACCUCAGACAUCACCCAGGUCAACCUCAACAACCUCGUCGUCUUCUCCGUUCGUUAUAUGACGCCCUACAAGCGCGUCGUCUCGUACGAUGUCCCCGCUGACAUGCCCGCCUGCCCCGAGGGCGGUUGCACCUGCGCCUGGAUGUGGAUCCCCAACGGCUGCGGUCUCGCUAACAUGUACAUGGCGGGCUACAAGUGCCAGGUUACCAACGCGACCUCGACCACGCCCGUCGCGACUCCCCAAGCUCCUGUAUGGUGCGAGGACGACCAGAGCCAGUGCGUUCAGGGCGCGAAGGAGGUUAUGAUCUGGCACCAGGCCGAGGGCAACAACGUCGAGGUUGACGGCCUCGAUGACUCUGGCAACUGGAGGAGCCCUGCCUACAACUGGAAGAUGGGCUUCGCUGACGGUGCCCAGAACGACAUUUUCCAGAACUCGGGCAGCCAGAAGCGUGAGGAGGCGGUCCUUCCCUCGAAGCGCCACACGCGCCGCGGACACGGCGCUGAUGGCAAGGUUUUCUAA